GAAACGAGUUCAAACAUGUCCAAACACGUCCAGCGUUGCGUUCGGUCCAAGCCCGGCUUGCUGUUGGGUCGGGAACGGUUUGACGUUUAAACGAUUUUGAAGACAACGUCUGUGUUUGCUGGAGCAUCGUCUCGUACCGUUUUCCUCCAAAGCACAACAACGUUUCGGUAACAACAACGCGCGAGGAUACGAGCAAAUCCAACAACGAACGAUCACAAUCGGGUGCAUGUUGUUACAAAAUGGAUCAAGUAGCGGACACAACCAAAAUGUUGACAGCGUACAAAAUAAUUAACCAGCAGCUAGCAAGUGAAAAUCAAAAGAAACGGCAAGAGUUGAGGCUGCACGAAGAGCGCUUUAAUUACACCAACGAAAUGCUGCUUCGUGAGCGUCAGGAGAAUAAAGCGCUCCGGGAUAUGGUACGAAAGCUAAAGGAUCAGAUGCAGCUGGUCACAAAAGUGGUCCUGUCGGUGCAGGAACAAACCAGCAUCGUAUUCGAGCGCAUCAACCGCCCCCACGAGGAGGCCGAACGGUUGAUGAAGGAGUACACGCCACGGGCGCACCGGGUGUACGAACAACGCCGGCUCGAAAUUCCACCGUACGUAAACGAACAUUCCAUUCCGGAAGGGAAUGAAUCCGACGAAGAGGCGAUCGAGAAGAGCGAGGAAGACUCGACAAACAUAGCAGAAGCAGAGGCUAGCGUGAAGCAACAUGAGAAAAGUGGUGCUGCCGGUGGUGGUGACACUCCAGAUGAAACCUGCACAUCCAUUCUUUCCCGCGAAAGUCGGUCCAGUGGGGGUGGUUUGGUGAAGGUGGUUGAUAGUCCGCUGGUACAAAGAUUGAAGCGAGCCUCGAAAAACGCCAGCUUUGAUGAAUCGUUCGAAUCGAUCGACCGGGAACGGGCGUUUAAGCUGUCCCGAAGCAGCCAAAACAGCCGGCGACAGAUCUAUGCCAACAUACAGGACAACAUAACCGAUUUGCAGUCUAUUGGUGCCGCAAGCCAGAUGGAUGUGGACGAACAACUGAGUGACACACUGCGGAAUCUUUCCCCGUUGGCGAUCGAUAAGGAUGAGGAUGAAGGAAUGCUGUCCGAUAAGGAUGAGGAUGAGGAAAUGCCGUCUGCACUUCCAACUGAAAGCACCCGUCAAGGGAAGUCUCCGCCGGCGCUGCUCAAAAAAGCGAUCAGUGAAUCUGUGCUGUCGAAAAGGCAUCCUUCCCGAACGAUCAAUGAGCAAGACGACCACUCCAAGAACAGCAGUGUAAGCAGCCAGGGGGAGGCAGAGGAGGAACUGACGGUCUUCAAUCCGGCCGAAUUUGGCGCUAGCUGCAGCACACCGGUAGCGAAGAAUUCGGUCAUCGAAGCUACGAACAUGGCUGACCCACCGCUCGCACUACGUGGUGGGCGCGGACGUGGACGCUCACGUGGUCGAGGGCGGGGACGACCCUCAAAGGCCAUCAGUGAGCCCGAUCUACUUACGGCGAUGAAUCCGGUCGUGGUAUUGCAACCACUUACCGAGCGCAACGUAAAGGCGCUCGAGCGGCAGCAACCAGCGCGUCGCGCGAAACCAACCGGUCCGAUGAAGGAGCAUGACUGCAGCGACUGGAGCAAUGCAUACGAUGGCUCGUCGAUGGGUGAUCCGUGCUCGUCGACCGAGAACAUGUCCGUCCUGUCGACUGAUUCGAGCCGUCCGCGACGAAGGGCAGCACCGAAAUCGUUGCGCGAACCAACGCUCCAAGCCAAAUUAAGACGACCUUAGGGACUUGCUACUUUGCUACUUCACACCUACGAAAUUUACGAUUAUUAUUAUAAUUACUAUUACUAUUAUUAUUAUUAUUAGCCUCCUGUUCCUCCCAGUAGCCGUGCUUGACGGUUUUUUUUCUUAUAUUUCAAAUAGGUUAAUUAAUUGCAUUGUUUCAUUUACCUGAGUUGUUUGUUAGUGAUUAGCAUUUUUAACAUUUGACACAUAGACUGAACGAUUGCCUGAAGGAGAAAGAAAUACGUCUGUGGCGAACCUUUUGUGGUCGGAAAACAGCAUUCCACGGCCGUAUUACGAAUAAAAAGAAACCGAAAUAUUGUGAAA